GGCUUUCCUGGUCCCAUCCCCAUUAGCCCCCUCUUUCAUUGUUUUUCUUUCUUUUUAAAGUUUUGGCCUUUUAGGGUCUUUUUUCAAAAACCAGAGCAGGCUUCAGAGUCCAAGCAGGCCUUGGAUUUCUGACCCCACUGAACCUUCUCCACAGUUGCACUCAAACUCCUCCCUCCAUUGCUCCCUCCAUUGCCUCAUCUAACCCAAAUUUAAAACCAUAAAGAGAACAAAAUUCAAAAUUUGUCCCCCCAUCUUAGUUAAUUUAAUAACCCCAAGAAUAAUAUGAUAGAUAAAAGAAAAACUGGUCUUAUUCUUGUAUAUUAUUAUAUAAUAUAUAUGUAUAUAUGUUUAAGCAGUGAGAAAGAGAUAUGGGCAAUUUUCUUUUUCUUUAUUUUUUUUCUCCCUUUUCCCUAGUGAUUCAAUAAGUUUUGAAUUUGAUUGUUUUCUUUAGCUUUAUCUGCCGACAGAGAACUAGGCCAUAAAGAGGGGGCACAAAUAUUGAAUACAGCAGAGCAAAGCCCCGUACUUCAACUCCUAUAACCCUUAUGCUCUAAACCAACAUUUCUUCUUCAUCUUCAUCUUCUCUUUGUUUUAUUUUCUCUGUACUUAGAAGGGUAUUUUCAGUUUUCAGUUUUCAGUUUUCAGUUUUCACUUCAAGUUCCUACCUCUCACUUUCUUUUCUUGAAGCUUAACAACACAGUAGAAAAAUUUUGUUUUGUUUUUUUGGCUAUGGAUUUUCUCAGGAAUGUGUCAGUCUCGGGUGAAUAUCAUCAACCAGAGCAAGUCCUUUCAUCACCAUGCUCUAAACUGGGCGCCUCUAUUGAUGACCUUUUCCCUACUCAAAAUACGGAAGUGGAUGUGAGUUUGGAGUGGUUGUCUAUAUUUGUAGAAGACUGUUUAUCAAGCACUGGAAACUGCAUCCCAGUUGCUGCCACAGCAGCUCCAAAUGUUACCACAACUGCAACAACAACAACAAAGCCUACAAAUUCUGCAAAGAAACCACAUCAAAUCACCCCACCUUCCUUGCAGAAAAUUGUGGUUCCAGGCAAGGCUAGGAGCAAAAGAAAGAGGGUUUCCACAACAUUAUCCAAAACCAAAAACAACCCAUUUUGCAGUUGGUAUCAAAGCCUCCAAUUGCCAAACUCUGACCCUCUUUUGCUUCAACAAUCAUGUUGGUUAGCUGACAGCGAACUCAUUAUGCCCAAAAAGGAAGAUGACAGCAGCAGUGGCAUGGUGGGGUAUAGUGAGGUUGAGGAAUCAACAAAGAGAGAGGGAAUGGAGGAAGAGAAGGCGGCGGCGGCGGCGGUGAGUAAAGAGAGUAUAGGAGAUGGGAACAACAAUGGGGUGAACCAGCAGCAGCCAAGGAGGUGCAGCCAUUGCUUAGCACAAAGGACACCACAGUGGAGAGCAGGACCUUUGGGUCCAAAGACACUAUGCAAUGCAUGUGGGGUGAGGUACAAGUCAGGGAGGUUGCUGCCAGAGUAUAGGCCAGCAAAAAGCCCUACUUUUGUGAGCUAUUUGCACUCCAAUUCUCACAAGAAAGUGAUGGAGAUGAGGAUGUCUUUGUUAUCUUCAAUUCCUAGUGAGCAGUGAGAUGUUAUGAUAUGAUGACUCACUUCCCCUUUUUCUCUUUUAUCCCCCCCAAUGUAAAUCAAAGUCUAGAUAGGAUCAAAUUUGAAGAAAUUCUUCACUGGUAGUAAUGUAGUAAUUCCCUUAUUUGUUUACUGCCUAUCAUUAUAUUAUAUAUACUUUUAUGAA